AUGAAAAAUCCAUGGACAUAAUAAACUGUUGCUUAAUAAUAAAUAACAUAUGGGAUAUGUUACAAUAUUCUAAAUAAAAAAUAUUAAUUAUAAUCAGAUGAAAAACAAUAAUUUGAUUAUAUUACAAUAUUAAAUAAUGCAAAUAAAAUAUAAGAGAUGAAAUAAAAAUUAGCAAUAUAAAUUAUAGAUUAAUAAUUUGGAGAUAUGAUUGAUCCUAAGAAAUUUGAAUAAAGAAUAUAAUAAUUAGAUAGUUUAGAAUAAAUAAUAAAUAAUGUUCUGUUAUGUUUAUAAAAAUGUUAAAUAUGUGUAUAACAUAAUAACGAUACAAAAAGUUUUAUAAGAAAUGAUGGAUCAGUUUAUAUUAAUAUUCCAUUUUAAUAUAAAACUUAAUUUAUUUAAUUAUUAAGAUAAGCAUAAGAGAAAUAACUUGAAUUAGUUGAUCCAGAUUAAUAAAUCAUUUAAUAGUAAAGAUGUGUAAAAGAUUUAAAUGAAUAACAAUAAUAAAUAGAAGAGAUAUAUAGUUAAAUAAUUUAAUUAAUAGAAUAACUAAAAAAUUGA